AACAUACCCCAAACUAACGACAACCCAAGCGAAACAUGCACAAGAUCAUCAUACCAGAUUCUUGGAGGACAUAAUUCGAUAACCGGAUGCAAAGAAUGCCCAGACUGUCCCCCAGGACAACAACUUACCCCACCAUGUGGCAGCAAAGUACAGCCAGAUGCAUUAAUAAAUUGUACCGUUUGCCCCUCGGGAACCUUUAAAGACAUUAGCGGAAGAGGUAUUUGUAAACUGUGUCUGACAUGCGGUCCAAGAGUAACCGUUAGCUCAUGUACAUCGAGCAAAAAUGCACAAUGUGGGACCUGUCCUCGUGGUACCUUCCAAUGGAGCCCCACAGUGGACACUUGUAAACAGUGUUCGUCGUGUUGUGCGCCGAAGCGCUUUGCUGAGGUGGAGUGCUUUUAUCUCAGGCAAUGCUUAAGAACAAACUGCACUCAAGAAAUAGAAAAUGAGGGAAAUGAUAUUCAAAAAUUGGAGAUAAAUUCUCAAAGGUUUGCGACGAUAAUAAAUCCUCCAAACCCAGCGCCACUUCUAGGUGUUUCUAGCAGUAAAAAUUCAGGCAACGCAAAGAAAUUGGCAUUGAAGAACAUUUUGAAAAGAACGAGAGUAACACGAGAUGUUCCGCAGGUCCUGCAAGGAGUCAGUGAAGGAAAUACCACUAAACUGGCAAACGAAAAAAUCGCCACUCUUCUCAGCAAUAAUUCAGAUACUGUUAUAACCACCAUCACCAAAUCAUUCGAGGAAUUUGGAACUGUCUCCACUGACUUCAACACUGUCGAUUCCAAUUUGCAAAUGGCUUCAAGCUGUUUUGGAAUGAACUUCGCAAAACUAGUGAAGAUUAUAAUAAUCGUUAUUGUGGCCAUAUCUAUUUUGGCGCUGUUCACAGUUUGCGUCAUAGUAUACUUCUGUUGUAAAAGGCAGUCAAGACAUCUUCAGCCUAGAUAUUGUGUGUUUAAUUGUUGUAUAAAUCUGAAGAGUACCGAAGAAUAUAAACAGCUACUGGAUGAAACAACUCAUCAAAUCGGUGACGACACACAAGUCUCUCUAAUCAAUGGCAAUUUGGAAGGCAGCUUUUCUGAGAAAAGCACAUCUGCUGCUGGCCUUGAAAAUACACCCUUAAGUGACAUAUCCCCCUUUCUUGAAGACAUCCUCGUUAAGAAACUUGAAGUGGACUGUGGUUGGAAAAAAGUGGGAAAGGCAUUACAGAUUGACCAGGACGAUCUGGAUUACUGGGAAAACGGAAAGUCAAUGGAAAGUCCAGCUACAGGAGAACUGUUAAGAAAACUGAGAGCGACACGUCCAGAAUUCACCAUUGCUGACCUUAUAGAUAUCCUAGAGAGCCCAGACGUAAAACGUCGAGAUUUUGUUCAACGCAUCCGUCUACAUUUACAAAAUGAAGUAAAAUGAAUACCUUGACUCCAAAAAGCAGAGAAAGAGUUGCAGACAGCUACCUGGUAUGCAUGUAGCUGAUGAAUGAAGUUCACGUGUAGUUUUGAGUACAUUUUUGGGGGGUCUAAAAAUCAUUGCUUACAGCCCACUCUGAGUGGCUAAUUCAAACCGUUUAUUUUAAGGGUCAAUUUUUUCAAUCUUUCUACAUAAUAGAUAUCAAUCAAACCUUUCACUGAUGCAUGUCAAUAAGCCAUAAAAAUUAAUAACCUGACUGACUUAAAUCUCCUAGUGUUAUUUUUAAAAAUUUCAGUCUGAUGACAAUUAAUGUAUGUUAUAUCAUGCAAAAUAACACUUUGCGUGAGAUAACCUAACUACCAGUAAAUGUAGAUUAUAAUUAGUGAUUAUAAUGUUCACGGGGAAUUGCAUGAAUUUGUCAGGAAACAUAAUACUGGAGGUAUUAUUUUUCAUCGAGGGCUGUGGCACUUGUGAAAGUAGCAAAUUAACUCUAAAAUGAUAAAAUGUCACCUUCUCUCCUCCAAAAAUUAUAGGAUAUUUACAACUCAGUAGUUUAAAUAGAUGAAACAUCAUUACACUUAAACACAGUUGCAUUAGUUAUGUAAGUAAGUUUAAAGUUCAGGGCCCAGUUGUUCAAAGGCCGAUUUGUGUCAGCCCAGGGUUAAAUUUUAAUGCAGGUUUCUAUACUUCUUUUUUCCAAACCCUUUUAGUGAAAAUUUUCCCUAUUCUUUUUAGAACAUUCAAUGAUCAAAUUGCAAGCAAAAAGUUUUAACCGAAUUUUCUUUUAAAGCUUUCAGACCUGAAAUCAAAUUCCAUGCUAACCUUGGGUUAUCUUAACUCAGAUUUGAACAACCCGGGCAAGACAUUUAGACUUUAUUGACAACGUUUGAGGUUAUCUUCUGGGAGAUAGCUUCCAACACGAAAAAAACAGCAAAAUGUAGUUCUUCCUCUAAAAAACCUGAUUACAUUUCCAGUUAGGGUGGUCCUAACUAAUAAUCACAUGUAGACUGAAUUAUGAAAUUGGCUAGCUGGAAAACAAUCAUUCAAUGAUUUUCACCGGAAAUGUGCUCAAUGGUGGACUAAUUGCGAAUAGAGAUUUAGCUACAGUGAGAAAUUAUCUUAACUUAGUGGAUUUAACUUUUUUGAGGUACCCAAUCAGGUUUUUGGAGAAUAAUUGUGUCACAUAAUUUCUCCUAAUAAUAUCUAGUGUAGCAUAAAAAGUAGGCAGGUGAUGAGAACAAAGAAAGGUACAACGGCAACCAGGACACCAUCAAUUAAUUCACUACUAAAUUCUCAGAAAUACCAUUAGAAAUGAAAGUUAAAUCAUGAGGAGAGUUAGAUUUUGAGAGUGAAAGGGUUAAAUGUAAAAUGAUCUGUAAAGUAAGA